UGGACUGGUUGUUCUCUGUAUAUUAUGAAUCCAAUUGAACCAUUUCAACUUAAAAUAACUCCAAAGAUCUCUUUCUUGGAUACAAAGAGUAUACCACCUUGAGCCAUGGGUGAUCAAGAAACAGAGCUCCCUCCCCACGUGCUCAUCUUCCCCUACCCAGCACAGGGCCAUGUCAACUCCAUGCUCAAGCUGGCCGAGCUUCUCUGCCACGCCGGCAUCCACGUCACCUUCCUCCUCACCGAUCACAUCCACGGCCGCCUCCUCCGUCACAGCAAUGCCCCAUCCCAGUUGACCCGCUACUCCGGGUUCCGUUUCGAAACCAUUCCGGACGGGUUGCCCGAAGACGACCCGCGUGAUAAAAUCAUGGAGCUGUUCCGAUCGUUUACAGCGACGGCAAAACCACUUCUCGGAGAAUUGCUGAGGUCCGAUCGGGAAAAGGAUUCGGACUCGGGCCGGAAGCGGGUGUCUUGUAUUAUAGCCGACGGGAUAAUGAGUUUUGCCAUUGACGUUGCUGAAGAGAUUGGGAUCCCAGUCAUUGUUUUCAGGACGACCGCAGCCUGUAACUUUUGGGCCUACUUUUGUGGCCCCAAGCUCAUUGAAGCCGGUGAAAUUCCCUUUCAAGGAAACAAUAUGGAUGAACCUAUAAAAGGCAUUACCGGUGUGGAUGGUUUUCUUCGACGGCGAGACCUCCCAAGUUUCUAUCGUGCUAGAGAUAAAGAUGAUCAUGAUCACUUGCAAAUACUUUUGAGAGAAACCCUGCAAACUACUCGAGUACGAGCUAUGAUAUUCAACACGUUUGAAGAGUUAGAAGGAUCCAUUCUUGCUCAGGCUCGUUCCCAAUGUCCACAAAUUUAUACCUUAGGGCCACUCCACGCACACCUCAAGGAAAGACUUGCUUCACCGAUUACUUCAAAUAGUUUGUGGGAAGAAAAUAUGAGUUGUAUGACAUGGCUCGAUACACAACCGCUAAAAUCUGUGAUCUACAUAAGUUUUGGAAGUAUUACAAUGACGACAAAGGACCAACUAAUGGAAUUUUGGCAUGGUCUUGUAAAUAGUGGGAAACGAUUCUUGUGGGUUAUUCGACCAAAUUCUGUGAUGGGCAAAGAUUGGGAAAAUCAUUUAUCGGCGGAGAUAUUGGAGGCCACGAAAAAGAGAGGAUUCAUAGUUGGAUGGGCUCCACAAGAAGAGGUCCUAUGUCACAAAUCUACUGGCGGGUUCCUAACUCAUAGUGGGUGGAACUCAACACUGGAGAGCAUUGUCGCCGGAGUACCAAUGAUAUGUUGGCCAUGCUUUGGUGACCAACAUAUUAAUAGUAGGUUUGUGGGAGAGGUAUGGAAGCUUGGAUUGGAUAUGAAAGAUACUUGUGAUCGAGUCACAAUAGAGAAGGUGAUCAGAGAUCUCAUGGAUGUGAGGCGACAAGAAUUUAAACAAGCGUCCGACCGAAUGGCCAAAUUAGCUAAAAAUGCUGUUACUGAAGGUGGGUCAUCGUACGGUAAUUUGGAUUGUCUAGUUAGAGAUAUAAGAUUGAUGGGUGUAGUUUCAGCCGUAGAGAUGCAGCAUCAUGCAUGAUUGUAUUACCCCUCUAGGGGACUUUAAAACACUUGCAAGAAUUCGCAAGGUGUAUGGAUUUCUUAAAACCCAAACAAGUUUCUUUGAAAUUCACUCUCUGGGCUGGCAACCAACCAAGUGAUGUA